AAUCUAUGAUAUAAUUCUCCCCCCCGCCCUCUCUAAAGCUUUAACAAAUACCCCGACCCACUCCCCCUCCACCCAAUCAAACACAGCCCAAUGGAAACAAACUACGCCCUCCUCCGCGAGUCCCUCACCCCAGCCAUUCUCCAAAAAUCCAUCCUUUCUCCAAACCCCGCCACGGACCUAGAAGACCUCAGCGACUUCCUAGACUACCUAACCCAAGAACUCUACACCUUCCUCCCACCACCCCUCCAAACCGCCACACCCCUCUCCACCACCACCCUAUACCACCCCCUAAUCCCCCCGCUCUCCACCCUCCCCCCAUCAAUCACGGAAUCGCUGACAAACUACGACAUAGUCCCCGACACCGACGACGUCGAGAAACUGAUCUCGCGCGUGCUGUCAGAGUACAUCGACGCGGCGUGCACGCCGCCGCCGGAGUGGACGGGAGCGGGGAGUAGGAACGAUGCGUGUGAGAUUUGCGAGAGGGUCGGAGUGGGGAUUACGUAUCAUCAUUUGAUUCCGAAAUCUACGCACGCAAAAGUAAUCAAGAGGAAGUGGCAUCCGGAGGUUAUGCUUGAUAGCGUUGCAUGGCUUUGUCGACCGUGUCAUUCGACUGUUCAUCGUUGCGCUUCCAAUGAAGUUCUUGCCCGGGAGUAUUAUACCGUUGCCCUGUUGCUUGAGAGGGAGGAUAUACAGAGGGGGCUUAAGAAUCGGUAGGAUGGUUGGUGGUGGUACUGUACAAUACCGGGACAAAAGCGAUCGUCACUUGCUCUUUUCACACCAAAAGUGGCUGUUCUUGCAACAAUGCCAUGUCAACUUCAAUUGA